UCUGUUGUCCAUAUAAACUCGUAUAAAAUCACGUUUUUUAUACUUUUUAAUUCAAACUCUCUACUGUAAAAUGACUCCGCCGGCUUUAUUAACUCUCGAUGAUUAUCGAAAAUUUUCCGAAAAAAAUCUAGUCAAAUUGGCACGAGACUACUAUGAGAGUGGAGCUGAACAAGAGGAAUCUCUGAGAAGAAAUAUUUCAGCAUUCAAUAAUCUACUAAUCCGCCCAAGAUGUCUUCGUUCUGUUGAGAACAUCGAUACAUCAAUCGAUUGGUUAAACGGAAAGAAAUCUGUAUUUCCAGUUGGAAUUGCUCCGACGGCUUUCCAGAAAAUGGCAACACUGGAUGGAGAAUUGAGCACUGUACGCGGAGCAGCUGCAAGUAAUUCAAUAAUGAUUUGUAGUUCGUGGUCUACAACUUCAGUUGAGGAUAUUGGAAAAGAAGCGAAAAUUGUUGGAGCGACUAUUUGGUUUCAGCUCUACGUAUAUAAAGAUCGAGCCAUCACUGAAUCUUUGAUUCAUCGUGCAGAAGCUGCUGGAGUCGAAGCUCUUGUUCUCACAGUUGAUACUCCUGUUUUGGGACGACGUCUAAAGGAUACCUACAAUAAGUUUUCGCUCCCAAAACAUCUCAAAUUCGCGAAUUUCGAGUCGAAUACGCAGGCUGAGAUGCCAAAGGGACAUGUUGGCGAAUCUGGAUUCAUGCAAUACGUCAGCUCUCAAAUCGAUCCAUCACUUGAUUGGAAUACUUUGAAAUGGAUCAGAACCAAAACUAAUCUGCCAGUUAUAGUAAAAGGUGUUAUGAGAGGAGAUGAUGCUCUCUUAGCACUUGAAGCAGGAGUUGAUGGAAUAAUUGUUUCGAAUCAUGGUGGACGUCAGAUGGAUUGUACAGUGGCUACAGUAUUUAUUACCUGUGAUAAAAUGCAAAUUUCAUAUGAUUUGUUCUUCAGAUUGAAUCUCUACCAGAAGUUCUCCGAGCAGUUGACAAUCGAAUUCCUGUUUGGAUGGAUGGUGGCGUACGAAAUGGACGAGAUAUUCUGAAAGCUGUGGCUCUCGGAGCACGAGGUGUUUUCGUGGGACGUCCUGUCCUCUGGGGACUUGCCACAUCGGGUUCCGCUGGUGUGUCAGCUGUUCUUGGACUACUUCAGUCUGAAUUCUACCACGCGCUGCAACUUUCGGGAUUCAGAUCAAUUAAAGAGCUCCAAAAUGACAAGCAUGCUAUCGUACAUUGUUCCAAGUUGUGAACCUUCUCAAUAUCACAAGCAUUUAUGUAUAAUUAUAAUGUACAGAAAAAUAUUCAACCGGAUUUUGAAGUUUUUAAAGUUAAAUUGCCAUAUAAACAUUU